UGAGGUUUGCUGUGAACAAUAUCAAAACAUUACAUUAUUUAGGUAUUACAGUAGUGGCUGCCUUGCUGUAAUGAUUUGGCAGUGCUCACAGCCUUCCCCUCACCCCCAGCUCACCACUUCUUGCAUCAGUAAGGUAAUGAAGUAAUUAGCGUUCAGAAUGGAGAAUUACAUUGGUCCUUGGCACUUCAGUGACUCUGUAUGCAAACAAAAAUUAUUCUAAAAUUAUUUUUUUUAAAGUUUCACAGCACCUUGUGGAAACAGGUAUUUUUUUCAGCUGGCAGCACAAGUGUUUCAGAUUUCUGCUGUGCAUACUGCAGAUAAUAUCAGCUGAAGCAAAGCUCUUCCUAUGCUACUGUGACAACAACUCUUGAUCAAAGGGCAUUCAGGGUUGUGUGGCUUUUUUUUUGUUUUCUUUAAAGGGAAAGAAAGGUGAUAACAAAAACAUCACUGACCUGUAUAAGAUUUGGGUGUCUGAAGUUCAGGGAAGAUUGUUCUGUUUUUAUUUAUCUUACAAGGAGGGUGAAUGUGGGGGGAAAAAGACUGAGAAACCUUAGGAGACAUUGAGGAGACUGAUGUUUCAAACACUGAAAUUUAAACAUUUACUGUCCAGUGCAGAUGAGCAGAGUAGAAUGUCAGAAUGUUACAGUCCAGUAAAAAUCUCCUAGGUUGCUUUGACAUUUACCUCUGGUAAACUUUCUCCUACUCUGCCUACCUACUACCAUAUAAUCAUUGAACUGAUAAAUGGGCGCUUAAUAACUGCUACCUUGCUGUGUGGUCCACUGUUAUAUCUGAAUAUGUUGUAGAGCUUUACAUUUAUGAAAACAGUGUAGUUCCUCAAAGGGGAUUUUUUAUAAGCCUUCUGUCUUAUGCUUUGCAGGAAUAUUAAUUAUUCAGAUAUAGACUGAUCAGUUUUACUCUUCAGUAAUGUGUGCUCUGCCUUAAAGUAAACAAACAAAUGAGGCAACAGUUGCCUCUUACAAGCUUUUGUAGCUUAGUCUUCUUCUGAACAGUUGUAUAGAACAUCCUAUACAAUCUUUAGGAAAGUAUGCACAUGUCGCACUUAGCAGGAAUGCAUUCUAAAGUGAAAACUGAGUAUGAUGGGAGAUGUCAGUCUUAGUAAGAAAUGCAUCUAUUAGGUGGGAGGAGGAAGUCCCUUGUCAGAUAUUUGUGUCUAAAGCAGUCUGAAUUACAACCAGGAAUGUUGAUAUUUUUCUGUAUCAUUGCUUUUUGUUUCAUCUUAAGUCUCAAAGUGGUGGUAGAUAGGAGCUUCCUUAGCUGUCAUCUCUCAAUUGAGAUCUUUUUGUUGUCUUUUCUGUCGUCAUGUUGAAUAACUUCUUUGGGUGGUAAAGGAAUUAGCUGCUAUAAAUGCUAACCAUGGCUUUAUGCAGUCUGAAGAAUUUGUUUCUCACUUCAGAUCUCAAGUGUGGGCUUCUAGGUGGAAAGGUGUAAUAAAGAACUGUUUGCUCUGUCUUUUGGCAUCAACCUGACAAUGAUGGUGUACUUGCAUUGGAAGUAGAUGGAAUUACAGAAAUCCUCCUGUCAUGGAAAGACAGAGCUGCAUAGGAACCAGGAAAUAAAAUAAUGCUAACGAGACAACCGCAUCCCUGAAGUUCAGGUUUUCAGGCUCGCUGCCAUUAUGGGUGGAGGUGGAGUUUGUUCAGCCUCGAUCAGUUUGUUCUUAGACCAGAAUAAUAAUGAGCAGCAAGCUUUGAAUUCAAUCAUGCAGGAUUUGGCUGUGCUUCAUAAGGCCAGUCGUCCUGCACUGCCCCAGCAAGAAACAGGAAAACCAAAGUCAUCUUCACCUAAAAAACAGAAUGAUGUUAGAGUCAAAUUUGAACAUCGAGGUGAAAAAAGGAUACUCCAAUUACCCAGGCCUGUCAAACUUGAAGAUCUUGUAGCUAAAGCUAAGGUUGCGUUUGGACAGACUAUGGAUUUACAUUACUGCAAUAAUGAGCUUGUAAUUCCAUUAACCACACAGGAUGACCUGGACAAAGCUGUUGAACUGCUUGACCGUAGUGUUCAUAUGAAGAGUCUCAAGAUAUUGCUUGUAAUACAUGGAAAUACACAGUCACCCAGUGUAAAUAAUGUGGAACCCCUACCCUCACUGGAAGAUUUAGAUAAUACAGUGUUUGGUGUGACAGAAAGAAAAAGGAGGCUUUCUGUAUUAGGUUCUAAUAAUCGUGACAGGAGUUCACCUCCCCCAGGAUACAUUCCAGAUGAGCUGCAUCAGGUGGCUCGAAAUGGGUCGUUCACCAGUAUCAACAGUGAGGGUGAAUUCAUUCCAGAAAGCAUGGAUCAGAUGCUGGAUCCACUGUCUUUGAGCAGUCCUGAAAAUUCUGGCUCAGGAAGCUGUCCCUCACUUGACAGCCCUUUAGAUGGAGACAACUAUCCCAAAUCUCGGAUGCCGAGAGCACAGAGCUAUCCAGAUAAUCAUCAGGAAUUCUCAGUAGAUUAUGAUAUCCCAAUAUUUGAGAAGUUUGGAAAGGGGGGAACUUAUCCCCGCAGAUACCAUAUUUCAUAUCAUCAGCAAGAUUACAAUGAUGGUCGUAAAACCUUUCCAAGAGCCAGGAGGACGCAGGGGAACAGCUUCCGGUCACCUGUUAGUUUCAGUCCCACUGAUCACUCGCUGAGCACCAGCAGUGGGAGCAGUGUCUUCACACCAGAGUACGAGGAUAACAGGAUGAGGAGAAGGGGGAGCGACAUUGACAAUCCUACCUUGACAGUCAUGGACAUCAGCCCACCCAGUCGCUCACCACGAGCUCCAACUAAUUGGAGACUUGGCAAACUGCUGGGUCAAGGUGCAUUUGGCAGAGUGUAUCUGUGUUAUGAUGCUGAUACCGGAAGAGAACUGGCUGUUAAACAAGUGCAGUUUGAUCCUGAUAGUCCAGAAACUAGCAAGGAAGUAAACGCUCUUGAAUGCGAGAUUCAGUUGCUGAAAAAUCUGCUGCAUGAGAGGAUCGUUCAGUAUUACGGCUUCUUGAGGGACCCACCUGAAAGAACACUCUCUAUAUUCAUGGAAUACAUGCCAGGGGGGUCCAUCAAAGACCAAUUAAAAUCAUAUGGAGCACUCACAGAGAACGUGACUCGCAAAUACACACGGCAGAUCCUAGAAGGAGUUCUCUAUUUGCACACAAACAUGAUCGUCCAUCGAGACAUUAAAGGAGCAAAUAUUCUGCGAGAUUCAGCAGGCAAUGUGAAGCUGGGUGACUUCGGUGCCAGCAAACGACUGCAGACCAUCUGUCUGUCUGGUACAGGAAUGAAGUCUGUCACAGGAACUCCAUACUGGAUGAGUCCAGAAGUUAUCAGUGGAGAAGGGUACGGCAGAAAAGCAGAUAUCUGGAGCGUAGGUUGUACAGUGGUAGAAAUGCUCACUGAGAAGCCCCCAUGGGCAGAAUUUGAAGCAAUGGCUGCCAUCUUUAAGAUUGCCACUCAGCCAACCAAUCCCCAGUUACCACCUCAUGUCUCAGACCAUGCUCGGGAUUUCCUGAAAAGGAUUUUUAUCGAGGCCAAGCUGCGACCAUUUGCAGAUGAACUGCUAAGACACACGUUUGCACACUAUCACUAACAGCCUGCCUCAACUCAGCUUGCGUCUGCUGCAUUUAUUUUCUAUUUGACUGCACUUUUAUUUUUUAUUUUUUACAAAAAGGAGAAAAAAGACAAGAGAGAGAACGCGUUCUCUUGAAUCUUUGUUUCACUUAGAUUGUAAACAAUCUAAAUUUUGUAUCUAAAAUGAGAAUCUUCCCUUCCCUGCUCCCACCGGGACUAGAACUUCUUGUUUCUAUAAUGUACUGAUGUGGUUCAUGUAGAUAAAGCACUUUAGUACACGUUUGUUCCUUAUUUAAAGAGGGAAAAAUAAUAGAAAUGAUUGGACAGUCAGGAACUGUGUGACUUUUUUUCUG